AUGUCUAAUCCAUUAGAACAACGCAUCAAUGUUCCUAUUGACGACCCAAAUGCAGACACAGAAUGGAAUGAUAUUCUUCGAAAACAUGGAGUUAUUCCUGAGAAGCCACCCAGCCCGACUCCUAUGAUUGAGGAGGCUAUCCUUGAAGGUCGAAGAUUGGCACAUGAGAAUCGCUUGGAAGGCAAAGACCUUGACGAAUUGGACGAACUUGAAGACGACGAAGAUGAAGCUUUCUUGGAGCAAUAUCGCCAAAAGCGCAUGGCCGAGUUGAACAGCCUACAAAAGAAGGCUCUGCAUGGAAGCGUAUAUCCUCUAUCUAAACCCGAGUAUCAGCGCGAAGUCACCGACGCAUCACAAAAUGGACCAGUUUUUGUCAACAUGACCUCUUCAAUGGGCAACAAUGUUGAGUCGCGGGUCUUGACUGAGCUGUGGAGACAAGCUGCGGGGGAGUACGGCGAGAUCAAGUUCUGUGAGAUCCGAGCGAGUCAAGCCAUUGAGAACUAUCCCGAUCGAAACUGCCCAACAAUCUUGGUAUAUAACAAGGGGGAUAUUGUGAAGCAGAUUGUAACAUUGGCAACAAUUGGAGGCGUCCGAACAACUAUGCAACAGAUUGACAACCUCUUGGUCGAAGUUGGUGCUGUACCUGAUUCUGACAUGCGUAUUGUCAAGAGAAGGCAAGCUGCCGAGGAUGCUGAGGAGGAGAGAUUGGCUGGGAAAGCUAUCAAGACGGGAACGGCUGGAAGGUCACGGAACGUUGACAGUGAGGAUGAUGACUGGGAUUAA